AUGAUAAAUGCAACGAAAACGCCCCCCGACAAUUUCUUUAAGAACGAGACGACACGGCAGACAUCCACAGAAUCCACAGUCUCUGGAUGCCAAAAACAGCCUCGGAGCACUGCACCUCCCAACUCCGCCUCAGAACAGGGGGCCGACCCGGGGAUCCUACCGUGCGUCGGAGUCGUCGCCGUCAAACCGCCUCAGGCUCGCCGCCCUCUUCAGCUCCGAGUUCUGCCGCUCCAGGUCCGCGAUCUUGGUCUCCAUGCCCUCCAUGCGCUCCGCCGACGCCAGGCUGAGCUCGUUCACUAUCUUGACCAGGCGGGUCAGGCGCAGCACGAUGACCAGGGAGGCGAUCUGGCCCGCGAUGCCGUGCGCCAGCAGGUCCACGACGAAGCUGACGACGAUGACGGCCGCGUCGAAGCAGUGGAACCACGAGGAGAAAUACCUGCCACCCGUUUGCAAGGGAUUAUGCAAUAG